UAAAUAAAAAUGACCUCGACAUUUCCACCAACCUCUCGCAGUUGUCUCGGCUCCUUUGAUCUUCCAAAGAAAUGAAUGCGUCUUUGAAAGGAAGAUACAUAAAUGACAAGAGCAAUGCCGCAACUACUCUCGCCAUCAACGGCGGCGAUGUCAAGUUACUCUCCUCCAUGACUGACAGCACGUUCGUCAACGGUCCCAGCCUGAACGGUUUGACUGUAGCUGUUAAAAAACCCGGCUUCUACAUCAUCGGCCAUGACGUCCCCAAAAAGGAUCUUCGGUUUCAAUUUAACAACAUAGUUAGGUUUGCGAAGAAUGCGUCGAAGCUUACUUACAAUCGCGGCAGAAGGGACAAACGGACAGUGGUAGACGGGGCACUGGUGUUCGAUCCUGCUAACAAGGUGUCGGCUACUUACAUGCUUGGUUCGAGGAACUGUAAGCUCAAGUAUAGUUACGUGCUCGGGGGGGUUACGACUUUGGAGCCAUGCUAUGAUUUGGGGAAGAAUAGGUGGGAUUUUGCGAUUUCGAGGAGAGUAUACGACAACGUUUUUAAGGCCACGUAUCAGACAUGGUGCAGGAAUUUGGCUUUGGAGUGGUUGAGAAAUACCAAGUUUAAUGGGACUUUUAAGAUUUCAGCAUCCAUCAACCUAGCUGAAGAAUCUAAGAACCCUAAAUUUAUUGCUGAGAGUACUUGGGAUUUGGAAGUGUGAUUUGUUGUACAUCAAUCUUUAUCCAUUUGCAUGUUUGAAUUAUAUAAACUUGGACCAUCUCCAAUGGAAUGAUUUCCAGGCCAGUCAAAGCUCCGUUGUGUUGGUUGUACUAAACUUGUACUACUCAUUUAUCAAAUUAUGCACAUUGGUUUUGGCUUUGGCGUGUUAA